AUGGCGCCCGGAACAUCGCCCUACAAGACGGCUCAAAAGCCACGCCUUUUCAACGAAAGCGAGCUCCGUCGCUUCGAAGACUGCGCAAACGAGAAUGAGACACUCGCGGAUUGCUGGGCAGGCGACCAUAUUGUCAUUGUAGCCUGCGAGCUAUCAGACAGAUACCAGUACGCCGACCAACGCAAUUCCAGAGCGAUAGAGAUAAACGUCAUGUCACCCGGGUACAAGCCUGUGUGGCGAUCGUCACCCCUGAACGACCAGCAGCACGACACCUUCAAGAAGCAUUGCAGCACCAGGACAAUUCGUAUGCUAGAGAAGUCGAAGGUGAAAAAGUGCCUCCAACCGAAGCCUUGGUCGUGGUACAAUGCUGCCGCUGCACAUGAGACGUUUGAGCUCUACGAGGAAGAGGCGCGGGCUAAGGCGCAGGAGGCCUUUGAUGCGUUGGGUGUUGAGGCGUACGCGACGGUGUGCGUUGUGAGCUACGAUCUUCGCGAGACCAUGGCUGCGCUGGAGUUGUUCAAGGUCAAGUUGCCUUCUUCCCAGAUCGUGUUCGUGGACUUGAUUAAGGUGCUGGAGCAUCAGACGAGGGGUGAAGAGGUUAUUCCGGAGCGGCUGAGGAAGUACACCAAUGACAACAUUGCGAUGAGGAACGGUAGGCUUGAUAGGCGGCCUGGGACGCCGAGGGGCUAUCUCGGGAUGCCGAGCAUCAGGUUGUUGGAGGUGGUUGGGCCUGCUGCCGAGAGCCAUAGGGCAGAUCAUAAGAAGCUCAAAAAGGGGAAUGCGGCAUUGGAAAGGAUUGCAAGAAGGAUUCGUAACGGAUAG